AUGGCAACUCUUCAACGAAAUUGCUUAGUCACAGUAGGCGCCACCGUCGGCUUCAAACAGCUGACGGAACAAGUCCUCCAGCCUGCAUUCUGGCAGUUCCUCAGCUCAGAGGGCUUCACCUCACUUCGCAUCCAAUGCGGGCCAGAUGUUAGCUGGGCAAGCGCCCAACUAGCUUCUCUUCAGGAUGAUAUACCACAAGGAUUGACAGUUGACGUAUUUGAAUCUACAAAGAAUCUCAUGAAGGAUGAGAUGCUGCUAUGCAAAGCUUCUAGCGGAUUUCGCCAAACUGGCUUGGUUAUCUCUCAUGCCGGAACUGGAACAAUCCUUGAUGCAUGGAAAGUUGGCCUUCCAGUAAUCGUCGUGCCAAACGAGGGACUACUAGACAACCACCAAGCAGAAAUGGCCAAACACCUCGCAAAAGAAGGCUACGCCAUCAGCAGCACACCAAGUUAUACGGACCUUCAAGGAGCGAUUCAUAAGGUCAAUCUGCUCUGGGAGGAAAACAAGUCUCGCUGGCCCCCCCACGAAGUCAAGUCGCAAAAGAGUCCCGGCGCCCUUCGCCUCUGGGACAUGCACCCUCAAGAGGUGGAGAAGGAAGAGGACGCUCAGAUGACCAACGACUAG